AUGGCGUCUACAAUGGCCUCCGUCUCCAGAGUCCUGCACAGAGACCUCAAGUUGCGGUCUCGAGAUGGGUUCGCCCGUAGGAGCUCCUGUGCGGCCACCGCUGCCGUCAGAAAGAUGGCAACGCCUCUGGGUACCUACCUUGCUUCUCGUAUCCUGCUUUGUGUUUUUGGUUUGAGGAAGCGUUCAGGGUUUUGUUCGGGUUUUCGAUCCGCGGUGCCGUUUGCUUGUUUCUUCGGCUCGAGUAUGGAUCGGAGAGAUGGUUGACAGUUUCUGGGACGUGUAUUGGGCGACAGCGGCGGGUCCGAGAAGCGUGAUUUCCUUACCUGGUGGGAGAACUUUGAGCUCUUCAAUUGCUGGGUCGACACCUUCAUUCAUUCUUCCUGUUCCCAGGUACAUGCCAGCUAACGAUGCUUUUGAUACGAUACUAAUUUCCUUGAAAGGUUAAUAUUCAAAUAUGCUCGCGUUUCCGUGGUCAUUACCCGAGUUCAUGUUUCAUGUUUUUUUGCUCUUCGUGUUUGUAAAUUGGUAUAAGGAAAUAUGGGGUAUAUCUUCGCUAGGAAAUCAAAAUAAGAAGCGGGGACGUUGACCCUAUAUCAUUCGUUUCAUCUCCCUAUAUUAUUCGUUUAAACUGCGGCGAAAACUUUGUCCAUCGACCACUUUAUUUCUGCAGGAUGACGUUGACCAGGUAAAGCUGUAGCAAAUAGCUCCAGUGAGUCUCUGAAUAGCUUGAAUAGUGAAUGCGUUUUGAGGAAUGACCCAUUGUGUGCGAAUUCAGCAGGAACCACCGACUGUUAUGCCGAGCUGAAGCAGAUGUUUCUGGAGAUGUUCCCAUUAGUCCUAGCGGAAUAAGCCAGUACGAGAGGAUAGUUGAACUGCUUACUACCCUUUUCCCAGUUUGGGUAACUUUUCUCUCUCCCCCUCCCUCCCUCCCCUAUAAGAUCCUCUAAUUUUCUUUGAUAACGGUUAGUUUUGGAGUAUUCUCAAGGAAGCGGCUUUUUAUUUGGACAGGUCAUGUUGGGGACAAUUCUUGGUAUAUACAAGCCAGCAGCGGUAUUGCUUCCUCUUUGAUCUUCUGAUAAUCCAUAUGGAGAACUUUUUCUUUAUAUUUGGUUGGAAAGACAGCACGGGGAAUGACCUCUUGUUGCUUACAGUUUGAACUACUGGGUCCUUCACGCAGGUUACAUGGUUGGAAACAGACCUCUUCACUGUUGGCUUGGGUUUUCUUAUGCUCUCAAUGGGCCUGACUCUGACCUUUGAGGACUUCAGAAGAUGUAUGCGAAACCCAUGGACUGUAAGAUGCAACCCUGACCGCCUUCAAAGAAAAGAGACUGUCGCCGGCCUAUCUUUACCCAUGUGUUCCGACAGAUUUCACCAUAAUUAUUCUCACGAACCAUUUAUUGGCAGGUUGGUGUGGGUUUUCUUGCGCAGUACUUGGUCAAACCAUUGCUCGGGUUCCUCAUUUCAGUGGUAUGUUUCAAGUAGUUGGUAAAAAUUUUAUUGUAAAAAAUCAUUAAUAAAAACCCUGAUUUGAUGGGCUUUUUUCCGAGGUCCUUCCUGGAAAAACAUUUAAUGUCUCAUUCUUUUAAUAUAUGAUCUUCAAUGGCUUCUUGAAGUAGCAAUGCAACAGUUCACCCGGGACAUAUGACUCUUCUGCACCAUGAUCUGACAUCAAGCGCGGAAAAUUAUAAUAAAAGUGCGAAUUAAAUCUGAAGUCUCCUGGAGCCAAGCAAAUAUGCCAAAUUACUGGGGCACUUGAUCCUUGAAUAAAAAAAUCAUGCACACCUACACUUUCGCUGUUGUUGCUCUAUCUUCCUUUCCUGUCUGAAGCUUUUAUCCUCGCUGCUUUUCUUGAAUAAAAAAUCUCGUGCAAUGAUGAUAUUUUUAAUCAAUGUUAAUCCAAUUAAAUAAACAAGGGCUCUUUGUCAUACCCACGGAUGCAAAAAUUGUGCUUUGAAUAUUUAGAUACACAAAACCACCUUUUUGUCCAUAUCACUUUCUGACUUUAGAUUUCAUAGCCGCAUAUUUAUAAACUAGCUUCCUGGUUGCUUCUCUCGGUUUCUACUCUUUUUCUUUCAUUCAAUUCUCUACAUUUCUUGAACACUCCAGAUUGAAAUUCUUUGAUUCUUGCCCUAUGUUCUUUCGGAAUUGUAUGUCUCGUCGGCAGGCAUUAAAUUAUGUGCUUUGUCUUUUUUUUUUCUUUGUUACUUGCUGACACGAGGGGGAAUGGGCCAUCUUGCUCAUCCUUGCAUUCUAUAAUCUAUUUCCAAGUUACCUGGUUUCUAUGAUUUGCAGAGUCUAAAAUUACCUGCUCCUCUUGCAACUGGUCUCAUCUUGGUUUCUUGCUGUCCUGGAGGCCAGGCGUCUAAUGUUGCUACGUAUAUAUCCAAAGGAAAUGUUGCACUUUCUGUCCUCAUGACAACGUAAGUUUACAUCAUGAUAUCGCUGAUCAUUUAGAUUUCGGUGCCACGUAACCAGUAAUCUACUGAAGACAAAAUUUACCAUAAUUUUCCCUGAGAUGCCUGUGAAGCCGUCACCGCCUUGCUUUUUGAGAGUCUUGAUUGUUAGUGACGUUCAUUCAACUCUAUAUGCUUCUAUGUUCUUAACUAAUCUUAUUAGGCAAACCCUAAAGGGUGUUAUAACUGGCAUCUGUAUCUGAUGUGGAAAAUUGGAAAUUAUUAAAUUGGAUAUUUUCUACCUUAAUUGAAGAUAGAACCACCCCUGGCUCGUGUCUGGAGUCAGUGGAGCAAUCCUCCGUACUAUCAUAAUAUUUUAUUCCUCUGCUCCAAUGUUUUUAUUGGAAAGAGUUUACCCACAAUAUUUUACCUUUAUAAAGUUGAUGAUUCCAAUGCUGAUCCUGCUGUUUGUUUCCUCUGAUGCACUGAUCAUGUGUGUACAAGCUACUGCAUGGGUCCAUCGAAAGAUCAGUUUUUUUAAAAAAAAUUGCUUUUUUUUCUAAAAAUGAAGCCACAAUAUUUGUUGUUCUAUCUCAGGUGUUCAACGAUUGGUGCUAUCAUAAUGACGCCGCUCCUCACAAAGCUUCUUGCUGGACAGCUUGUCCCUGUUGAUGCGGCAGUAUGGACUCAUAUUUUCCUCAAUUUUAUUGAAGAUUGAAAUUUACAUAUUUAUAAACCAAGAUAUAUUUAUUUUCUUCUCACUUGCAGGGCCUGGCACUCAGCACAUUCCAAGUCGUCUUGUUGCCAACCAUCAUCGGAGGUAACCGGAAGACAUUCGCAGAAGAUUGCAUUUCUUCCUGUCAUGGCAUUUUCAUGCGCAUUUACCGAAGGAGAUGGGUUUGACUUUCUCUUCCCUUUUGGCAGUGCUGGCUCACGAGUAUUUCCCCAAGGUCACUGAACGGAUCAUCACAUUCACCCCGCUGAUCGGUGUCAUCCUCACCACGCUGCUUUGCGCAAGCCCUGUAAGUUAGCAUUUCUCAGGUUGAGCUGGAUCAAAGCUUGAGCUGAGGCUCCCAACUAAUUGAACCUCCCCCUCCUUGGUUUUCCUCUUCCUGUGAGCCAGAUCGGACAAGUCGCCGAGGUUCUGAAGACGCAAGGAGCCCAGCUUAUUGCCCCAGUGGCUCUCCUCCAUGCGGCUGCCUUUGGGCUGGGUUACUGGUUUUCAAAGUUCUCAUCUUUUGGGGAAUCCACUUCUCGCACAAUCUCCAUAGAAUGUGGGAUGCAGGUAUUUAUUUUCGCAUAAUUUAGCCUGGGUAAUUGCUAGAGUCACCGGAUCAUCCAACUCAUAACCAAUUGGCGACUAGUGGAGUGGGCCCAUCUUCUAUAAUCACAAUUUAUUUCUAUAAUAACCAAUAUGUAUUUAUUUUUAGCAUCCCCCGUCUGAUGUGGGUCAGCUUUUGGGCUCUGCCCCAUGGACAGCAUGAGUGGAGUACAUUCAGCCUGGGAGCAACCACUGGCUUCUGAUAGCAUGCUAUUAGAUUUAAUGGUCCAUCUGCAUUGAACUGACUUGGCGAUGAGUGGAUUAGGCCCAUUGUUCUACUCGCGUGUGCUUAUUUCUGUAGUAAUUUAAGACUGAACUUCAAUUAAUAUAAUUAUACCAAUGGGCUGGUGGGGAAGAACACGUUAUGUCUGAACUUGGAUUUAUCCGAAAUUUUUAAAGGAUGAUAGUACUUUUCCAGUACAGAAAUCAGUUUCUAUUUUCUUUAUUUUUAGACUACUGAGAGGAGAUCAGUGGCUUAUGUUCUUCUUCUUAAUCUAGUCUCUCUCUCUCUCUCUCUCUCUCUCUCUCUCUCUCUCUGUGCCAGAGCUCUGCGCUUGGAUUCCUGCUUGCACAGAAGCACUUCACGGAUCCUCUUGUGGCCGUCCCUUCGGCUGUGAGUGUGGUGUGCAUGGCGGUAAACUUCUCAACUUGCUGUGAUUGAGGAUGGGCUCCUCCUCUUCCCGACUAAUUUCGCCUAUAUUGUCAUUUUCAUUGCUUGCUGUUCUUCGUACCCUGCUUCUUCCGCAAUGAAAUUUGUGAAUGCAUUACUCUCUGAAUGCGGUCUCAUUCUCGAGGCUUUCCUAAAACGAGCUCUGAAAGUGACGGGCCGUCUGACCAUGACAGCUUGGUGGGAGUGCUCUCGCUGUCUUCUGGAGGAACAUACCCGUCCCGGAGAACGACAAGGAUGACUUCCAGGAAUAA